AUGCCUCCCAAGUUCGACCCCUCCGCAAUCCAGUACGUCGUCCUCCGUACUACUGGAGGUGAAGUUGCUGGUGGUUCCGCUCUUGCCCCCAAGAUCGGUCCUCUUGGUUUGUCCCCCAAGAAGGUCGGUGAAGACAUCGCCAAGGCCACCAAGGAGUACAAGGGUCUGAGGAUCACCGUCCGCCUGGUGAUCCAGAACCGUCAGGCCGCUGUUGAGGUUCUUCCCAGUGCCUCCUCCCUGGUCAUCCAGGCGUUGAAGGAGCCCCCAAGGGACCGUAAGAAGGAGAAGAACAUCAAGCACUCUGGAAACUUGACUUUGGACCAGAUCAUUGAUGUUGCUCGCAAGAUGCGUUUCAAGUCCCUCGCCAAGGAGUUGAAGGGCACCGUCAGGGAAAUCCUCGGAACCGCUUUCUCCGUCGGUUGCACUGUUGAUGGCCAGUCCCCACAGGACAUCAGCGAGAAAGUCGCCUCUGGUGUAAGUGAAGCUUUUGCCGGUUCAUGCGGUUGUCAUCGCGAAUGGUGUCUCAUCUGUUUUGCAUCUACAGGAAAUCGAAAUCCCCGAGGAAUAGAUAUUCUCAACUUUCUGUACAUGUUUUUUCAAUAUAUCCUUGAAAAUACACCGAUAUAG